AGGUCCAAUCAAAGUCAAAUUUUGGUGUUGGUUCAAGAUAUAGCGAGUCAGAAGCUGAUGCUAUGUCGCAGAGGUUGAAGCUUGAUGAUUUACCUGAAACAUGGUAUAACCAGUUCUUUGAAAAAUACAAAGCAAGUAAAUCAUAUAGGUUACAGUUAGGUGACAGGGAAGCAGAAAAACGAACACCUGAACAGAUGUCCUUUUAUCUUAGAAUUGUUGAGAAUCACAAGAGACGGCGAGUAGCGUUUAAGGUAGAUCAGAACAUUGGUUUUGGCAUGUUGGAUGAUGGAUCAAACCUGCAAUCAAACUCAGUUUUAGAUAAUGACAACCCAUUUUUUCCUGAAACAAUGUCUGCUAUGAAUUGUGUUCCUGAAAGUGCAGUCAUGCGAACAAGUCAAUUGAAAGAGAACCAGAAAGUGGAGUUCAACGGGGUUCUAGAUACUUUACCCCAAAUAAUGACCAAGAGCCCUAUUAGCCCUAUUAUGAUUGAGAGGCUUGGUAUUAGACCAGAGUACCUGAGCAUGGAACAAGGCAGUAAUCAAAAUCAUGGAAAGAGUGGUGGUGAAAGGACUAGGAAAUGUCUUGGUGAAGAGCAAGCAUUAAAGUUAUCUCAAAAAGUGAUGGCACAAUUGCUGGGAAAUGUGGGUUUCGAAGGCUCAUCUGAAGUUCCACUAGAAGUCUUGACUAAAUUCCUGAGUUGCCAUAUUCACAAAUUAGGUGCUACGUUGAAACUCCUUUCUGAUAGCUACAGAAAGCAGUGUUCAGCGAUGGAGCUUCUGCAGAUGUUUCUCCAUACAGCUGGACAUAGUAAUCUUGCAGUGUUAUCUGAACUUGUGAAGGAUAAUACUAGAAAUUUUGUGCAAACUCAGCAGCAAGUACAGGGAUUCCAACAGCAGUUGCAACCUCAGCAUCAAGCUGCCAUUCGGCAGUCACAGCUGACACAGCAGAUAUUAAGAAUGCAUCCUCAAAUGCAGCAGAUGAUCAAUUCCCAAAAUCUGACUCCUCAGCAACAGCAGCUGCUGUUGGAGAGAAUGCGAAGGCGCCAGCAGUUAACACCUCGUCCUGGUAUGAGUAUGAAUAUGAACAUCGACAAGGACAGGCCAGUGGUCCAAGUCAAGCUUGAACAUCCAACUGAUUUUCCAAUGGAUAAUAAUGCCUUUAAUGCAAUGGCUGCGAGACAGCCCCAGAUGCAGCAGUUUCGCCAGCAACAAAUUGCAGCUAUGUCAUCUCCCUAUGCUCAAAACACAAAUCAGUUUAGGCCGGUGGCUUCUCUUCAAAUUCCGCAAGUGCAGUCACCGAACACGGGAAUGGCCAGGGCUCCCCCUGUAAAAGUUGAAGGCUUCCAGGAAUUGAUGGGCGGAGAUGCAACAAUGAAGCAUGAUUCUGAAGAAAAUAAGUUAAUGUCUCCUCAAAAAUAGCAUUGUGCCGAUGGUUAGUAAGUAUUGGAGUAGCAGUAGACGGGUUCUUAAAUUAGCUGUUUACUUGUUACUUUUGUGAACUCCUUGUUUUGUUACAUUGUUUAGCUAAAUCAUUUAUGUGCAUGUGACUGCAAUAACAAAAUUUAGGCGCAUUAGACUUUUGUCAUCAGGAUGGCUGCUGUGAUCAGGUGUACACCAUAUUACUUUGUCGUUGGGCUUUGUUCCUCUGGAAAUGUGCAUAUGUAGUAUUUGUAUAAUUUUAUUGUAUCGACUCAUGAAGCCUUGUAAUACUCUUCAGCAAGCAUAUUAUAAUACGUGCUCAUGCGCAUAGAGUUUUUCUGCCACUA